AUGAAGAGAAUUACAGGAGAGUUAUCCAAAAUGCAAAAAAACACAGAAGGAUGGUUUUCGGUUCAAACGAGUGAAGGCAACAUCAAGUUGUGGAACAUCACCGUCAAUGGGCCAGAGAACUCCCCAUUUGAAGGUGGAAAGUUUAAAUUGAAAAUCGUCCUUCCAGACGAAUAUCCACAGAAGCCACCUGUGCUCACUGUCGAAACUAAAGUCUAUUCCCCUAUUGUUAACCCAGAUGAUCACACAAUCUGCGCUCCUAUCUUACAAACAGAUAAUAAACCAGAAAACUGGGCACCAACUAAAACAAUUUAUGACGUCAUCUUAACCUUCAGAACUAUGCUCGGCGACUUGAAAACAGAACACGUCUCAGACCCAACUGUCGCUCAAGUCUUGUCUGAAAACCCAGAGAAGUUCAAAAAGACUGCUAAGGAAUGGACUAAACUCUAUGCCGUCUAA